AUGAGCUGCAAAGUAGUUUAAUAAAGAAAAAGAUGAAUCAAAUAAAAAUUCGAAUAAGUUGUCCACUCUCACAGUUGCAAGCUGAGUGCUUACUCGGCGCCUCUGCUGCUAAGCUUUGAUUAAGCGGAUAAGAAGAUAAGACGGAAAAAGGAAAAAAAACGGCAAGAGAAAGAAAUUGUUAGCUAAAGGUGUGAAUGGAAUCCAAAGAAGAGGUUGGUUUUAUUUGUGGAAGAAUGUCAUUGGUGGAAACCCUCUGAUGAGGGGGGCAAUACUUGAUUGGCUGAAGCAGGUUUUCUAUUCAGAUCAGAUCAGAUCAAGUGAGAGAAAAAGGAAGCCAAUUCCAUCUUUGAUGUUAUCCACAAGCAGUCAGGCCUUAAUUAUGCUGGAGGCUAGUGGACUGCCUUUUCUUUUUUGUUUCAGAUGACCGAAAAUCGGGUGCCAACCCUAGGACCAAUCACAUCCUUCGAAACUCAGGAAUAAUGGAUUCACCUUUUUACCUUUCUCCACUUAAAUAUCAGGCUGCAAGGCUCGAACCAGCGUCCUAAGUCACAAGUCCCUCAACCUUUGUCACCUGAACCAAGUCCUGUAGGUUAGGGGCUGCCUUUUCUUUUUUCUUCUGUGUUUAAAUUUCUUGUUUCUUUGGUCGUUUUAUUUUUUGAAGACUGCAAAUGUGAUGGGAAUUUCCAACCUAACCAAAAGGUCACAUGAACAUGCCAUAGUGUCAUAGAUUUAGUUGCAGCACCGAAGUCAUCAAUGUCCAUGCAUCCUGUGAGAGUCCAUUAUUUCACACUUUGGAGUUUCUCUAACCUUGAUCUGACUAAUAUAAUGGACACAAGUCAAAUUGUUUGCUUUGAUGAUGAAGUUGCUUUGUUUUCUAGUUUGACAUCUCUUUUUGGAUAUUAAGCUUAAUACUAAGGGGUUCAAACUUGACUAUGACAACUUAAGUGAUAGAUGUGGUUGAGCCAGUCAUAGCACCAACUUUGUGUUUUUUUUUUUAUGGAAUGAGAUUAAUUUAUCCCAAAAUGAAUCGAGGGCGUUCAAACUAUGGACUCUAAAAUUGUAGCAUAACUAAUAAUUCAAUCACAAUCGUGUACAAUUCUCAAUCUAAAGCAUUGAACUUUUGUUUCUUUUAAUCAAUCGAUAUAUCAUGAAUUUGAUUAUUUUUAAAGACGUGGUCACAUUACGAAACAGAUAUUAAAGAACUGGCUCGGUUUGGACUAGGUUCGUUAUACUAUAGCAAGCUCGAUUGGACUUGUUUUAGUACUGCUAAAACUUGGUUGGGUUCACCUCGAACUCGACUAGCUUAUUACUAUGGUAAGUUCUCUAGGCUUAGCUCAACUCAUCUUAGAUUCCUCUCGAUAAAACUUUAUUUAUAGGUCAACUAGUUAUAUCUGCUUGAUGUUACUAUAGUGGAUCCUCCAACUAUGAUGGAAGAUUAUGUCUCUGAUUCUUUUAAAAUAAGAGAAAGUGCUUACACAUGUAACUGUCAUUUUGUAGAGUAAAAUCUGUUAUGACUCUCUUCCUAACUACCCAUCUAAGACAAGUAACAAAAGAGUAGUAGGGAAAAUGGGAAAACUCCAAAAGUAUUUAAAAACCCUAGACUGUCUCCAGCUAUUUAUAAGCACCCAAGAGACCUUCCUAACCUCUGCCUCUUCUCUGCAUAGUAUGUACUUUGGCUCUCAGAAAGUGAAUGACAUGUUUCUUUAGACCGACCUUCUUCCCAUAUUUGACCUCUCCAAUCCCUUACUAAAAAAAGAACAAAAAAGAUCCCAAAAAGCAAAGCCAUUGAGUGAAAGAUGAGGGGAAGAUCUUCACCACAGCAAGGAGGAGUUAUGGAAGUAGCAAAAGUUGAUAAACUAAAACAAGAGCCUCAUCUGUCUGGUGCCUAUAUUAGAAGCCUAGUCAAACAAUUAACUUCUUCAAGAACCAAAGAUAAUUUGAAUCCCAAAGACCAUGAUGAUUCACUAGAGAAUUCAACAAAACUUGGUGAUAGUUUGUGUAGCGAUACACAACUAUCACCAAAGCCACCACCACCACAACAACCACCACAGAUAAAAAAGAAACAAGUCAGGAGGAGACUCCACACUAGUAGGCCUUAUCAAGAAAGGCUUCUAAAUAUGGCUGAGGCUCGGCGUGAGAUUGUCACAGCCCUUAAGUUUCAUAGAGCCGCUAUGAAACAACAGCAGCAGCAACAACAACAACAACAAUCUCAGGGGCCACAGUCGUUACAGACUUGGCCUCAGGAAUCUUCAGGAGAAGAACAAGGGAAGCCAAAAUCCCGGAGAAACCCCAGGAUUUAUGCUUCCAACACUUUGAUGAACAAUAAUAACUUACCAAGUUACAACAUGGAAAAUUUCACCAAUUCCACCUACCCUUGUCUGCCCCCUCAAUAUCCUUAUUCUUCAUCCUUUGGUUCCUCUCAAUUACCUUUACAAGACCACCUCAAUUUUCCUCUUCCUAACCAAACAUUAGGAUUGAACCUCAAUUUCCAUGAUUUCAACAAUUUGGAUGCAACCCCUUAUUAUAGCAGCAGCAAUAACAAUUCAAUCUUUUCAUCAUCAUCCCCUUCAUCUUCUUCAGAUGAAUUCCAUUAUGUGGGAUUAUCCCAAGAAGGGGUGGCUCCAAUAGCUCAAAUGGUGAAUCCAGAAGAUUCAAGAUUGCAUCCAUCAAUGGAUGACCAAGAAAUGGCAGAGAUAAGAUCAAUAGGGGAGCAACAUGAGAUGGAGUGGAAUGACACCCUCAAUUUGGCAACUUCAGCUUGGUGGUUCAAGUUCUUGAAAGCCAUGGAAAUUGGACCCGAUGAGAAGAACAUUGCUGAGGAUGAUUAUGGGUGUUAUCCAUUUGAUGAAGUCAUGGAAUUCCCUGCUUGGUUCAAUCCAAAUGAAAGCUGCUUGCAACAACAUGUCGAUGAUACCUAUUCUGAUCCUACCUUACCUUGUAUGGACAUUGAAGAAAUUGAAGGGAUGGAUGCAGAAUGGUUAGCUUGAAAGAAGAAGAUUGAUUGGUUUUUGUUAUAAUCAAAUCUUUGGCCUUUACAUUGAAGCCCCCAGUUGCUGUUUUUUUUUUCUUCUUUUUAUCUUUUUAUUUGGGGAAGCAGGAUUUUAAAUUUCUCCAUUUCUUUGCUUUUUUAUUUUAUUUUAUUAGAUAGUCAGUAAUAAAGGCGUUUUCUACAAUUCGCAGGCUCUAGAGAAAAAUAAUAGAUGAGGGAGAAAUUAUUAUACGUAUGUCACCCAGUUUUCCUUUUCCCUCAAUUAUGAGAGAUCUGAUAUUUAAUGGUUCUCAUCAUUGUAUUUUAAUUUAUAGCUAGAAAAUUUUGUACUC